GAAAAGACGACGAAAGAGAAACGCCAAUACAGAAUCACCGAUCGCAAUUGUUAGCAUAACACCGUCGUUAUCCAGAGUAAAAAGAUUUGGCAUCAUUCCCAAAGUGACUUUAUUUAGUGCAGUCUUUCUUGUUACAUGGUUGUUUGACAUCAAUCAAGCCUGUGACAAUUGGUAUUAUUCUCAAGAUGUUAAUAACAUCGCAACAGUGCAAGGUAAUCCUAAGGAAAAGGAUUCAUUUUCUAUCCGAUUUUGGAAAGCUGUUCAUAAUUUCAAAGCCCAUAAUGGCUAGGCGUCUCAAAUACUUGACGAAAUGCGCCGGCCUUGUUAAAUAUGCCGAAAACUUUUAAUAAAUUUCUAGACAACAAUUCAAUACACCCUUCCGGAAUAUGUACGUCAUCUUGGCUAUAGAGUCUUGUCUUCGUGUGUACAUAGCAUUAAUUAAAACCAAGUUUCUCAAUCACGACAACCAGGUUUUAUAUAGCCAAGGUGACAUAGAUCCCGGAAGCGUGUAUUCAGCAGUUGUGGGUAACUACGUACCGGAGACGUCCCUCACUGCAUACAUAGUGAUAAUUAAUUAUAUUUUCAUAUAAGAUUGGCAAGAAAAUAAAAUAUGCAUAUUUAAAUAUUUUGGAAAAUAAAUACGCUAAAAUAACCAAACUUAAAUCCCUGUGAUAGUGAUCACUACAUUCUUACAACUUUUUUGAGGAAAAAAGUUUCUAAAGCGAAAAUACCCCACACGAAUUAAGGUUUUCGCCAAUGUUUUCAGUGUUUUGAUGCCAUUAUGCGGGAUUACUGGAACCUGCGAGGAAACAGCAUUUCAUAUAAUAUCCUUCUUCGACAAAAUUAGUGUUUAUGCAUGGCUUUCACACUUUGUUUCACGGUUGACAGCCAGUAAUUCAUGAAACUGCAGGCUUGUUUCCAGUUAAAAGCGAAAUGCAUCGCAAAAAUAUAUUGUAAAACAGCAAAAUACAUUGCAAAAUGAAAAACAGUAGUUUUAGUGCGAGCUUGUACUCGCGCAUGCGCAAAACGUCGAAGACCGUCCAUCGCAUAAUGGAGGACAUUCAACUUUACACUUCGCUACGUUCUCAAAUACCCAGGUGUCAAUAGCCGGGCGGAAUUAGUACCCUCGCCCAGGGCUGACGCCUGGAGCGCCGUUGGCUCCGGGAUUAUGGAGAAUACACAAUGUCAUUGACUGCCAAAAAACCGUCGGUCAAUGUCAGCCAUUGUGUAUGUUUGUCAUAUGAAAUACUGUUUUCUCGCUGGUUCUAGUCAUCCAGCAUAUAGUGCUAUCAAAUCCGAUAUGUUGAACAAUCGCCGAAACAUUUUCGUAUUGUUUUGCUUCAAUAGAUAUAGAGAUGUAUUUCUUUACUAACAUAUAUAUUAAAACUGACAUUACUAGCCGUAUUGCCCUUUUAGGAUCAUUCCCUCGAAAUAUCUACACACUUUUUACGCGACUGCUAGACAAACAGAGUCUGGUGACAAAAAGCAAACAUCUAUAAAUUUGCUUUUAUUCUUCACAUGAGCUAUCACCCAAUAUUGGCUGUUGAUGAAAUUGCCAGCCUUCUCCGGCAAGGUCUAUGGAUCGGCUGUCCCAAGCAAGGAGAGAAAACAAAUAAAUAAGUAAAUAAAUAAAUAAGUAAAUAUAAUGUACAAGCCAUAAUAUUAUUUCAUUUCUAUCUGCAGCUGAGUUACCUCCUUGUCCUACAAGUGUUCGACAGAUAAGAGCGGAUGAACAGUUUGUGGCAGAUUCUGGAAUUAAAAGAAUUCUGAGCGGCUUCUAUCAUCCUGGUAGUACAUCCUGUUUUCGUUCGAGAACCGCGAGGUAGAGUUGUAAUAUUUUGUGCUCGUUUGAGCAAUCUAACUCCAUGAGGUUCUGCGCAAGUACAGAGGCGUUGAUUUUAAUGUGUUUUAUAACACAUGCGGUUGGUGGGAGCAUGUAAGCUCAUGUGUAUAAAUACGGUGGUCAUCACCUUUCUAUAUCUGGUGUGCAAGGUGCACUGAUGACGCGUACAACGCCGAAAUAUACAAAACAUGUACUACUUAGUACAAUCACAUUAUUUCUAUUAACAUGUAAUAUUGUUCAUUUAGUACUGAUGAAUAUGUACGCUAAUUUUUGUAUGAAUAGCUCAUUUAGUGCCACAUUGGAAACUGUGUUCCUGGAGUAAUGUCGACCAUUUAUAGUAAUAAACUAGCCAAUUUAAAUCCACAAACACGCAAUUUCACGCCACAUUGCGCAUUAAAUUUUGCGCUCCUAGAAAUAUUUCGACUUAUUUGUAGUUGUGAAUAGCUAAACAUGCAAUAUAAAAUAUUUUCUGCCACACUGGUCAUUUUGAUCAUAGGAAAAUCAAGGCCCUGUCAGUAGCCUAAUAGAGAAUUCAUAACCUGUAAAAUUAAAUCAUUGGAUGCAACAUUGCAGUUAAUGCCGUCAGGGUUUUUCUCUGAGUUAAAUUGCUUCAAAAAACAAAACAUACAAACAAGCUGUCUGUUGUGUUUUCAUUUAGUCCAUCAGGUGCAGGAGAACAAUGUUGUUAUGAUGGUGAUUCACUAAUAGUAGGGCCUCCUGGUGGUGGUUCGUUGGAUAUAGCGUCUCCUGAUAAUUUCUGGGGCCACAUUAAACGAGAUGUUUUACCCUGGUGGGCUUGUUGUAAGAUCACUGAUAACUGUAAUAAAUAUUAUCAAAGACGACCUUCUGAUGAUGGUUCACGAUAUGCACCUCCGCAAGCUGGUAAGUAAAUUUUACAACAAGAAACUUUAUUAUAAAAUUAUUUUUCCAUGUUUUGAAGAGAAAAUAAUAUUAUUUAUUUUUGGCGGUAAAAAUAAAGCAUUCUGAUGCUAUUAACCAAUAAAAAAAGCAAAUAUUGUAGUAAUUGCAACCAAUUUAAUUGACUAAAUAUAAUUGACCAAACGAAGUCAUUUAAAAAUGAACGUAAUUUUGUUCCAGCGGCUACAAGUGGAGAUCCACACUUGUCCACGUUUGAUGGCACAUUCUACACUUUUAAUGGUUAUGGUGAAUAUAUCCUACUACAAGUGAACAAUAGUGAAGACUUAGAGUUUCAAGGGCGAAUGAUACCAAUAGUUGAUGAUCAAGGACGUAGAACCAAUGCAACAGCGCUAACAACAUUAGUUGUCAGAGCAGCUGCAAGUGAUACUGUACAG